AUGAACACCGCCGGUGCCGUCGUGCUCACCAUCGUCCUGCUGCUGCUCGCGGCAGGGAUCGGCUGGGUCAUCUUCACGCGCGUUCGCGCUUCACGGCUGGGGCUCCCCCCGCCGCCUCUAAAAUCCUACAUCCCCUUCCUCUCCCCCCGCUCCUCCGCCUACGCCGGCCCCACCCCGGCGCCGGGCGGCCUCGUCGGCUGGAUCAACGACCGCAUCCGCCUCUUCCGCCACCGCAACACCCGCACCGCCACCGGCGCCUACGAGGGCACCGGCUACUCGUCCACCCGCCGCGGCGGCUUCACCCACCCCGCCGACGACGACGACGACAGCGCCUGGGACGCCCGCGUCGGCGCGUAUCACCCGUACGAGGAGGAGCGCGAGCUCGGAGUCGUGGCAGGAGGAGGGCAAGGAGGAGGAGGGCUGGCGCCGCCGCCGCCGCCGGAUGGCGACGCGUACCCGAUGAAUCUGGCCGCGACGCCGACGCACGGCGAGGAGAGGAGGGGCCGCACGAGGAGUCGCUCGCCUGAGCCGGGGCCCGGGCACGGGCAGCACCUUAAUGCGAGGGCGAAUCCGUUUGGGGAUGAUGCGGAGCCGAGUAAUAUCAGCUUGAGAGGGGUCAGUCCGCGGCCGAUGGAGGCGUCGUCGUUUGCGGGGCGCAUGGCGGCGGCGGAGGGCCAGCAUCAUGAUGAUAGGAGGUCGAUUUUCAGGGAGGAGGUGUGA